AUGAAUAAUCUAACAUCUGCAUUUUCAGAAAAGAGACCAAGAAUGAAAAGAAAAAUAGCUGAUGAAUUGUGCAAUGAUGAAGCUCUGACAAGUGUUGAAAAUAUGUACCAAGUGACUAUGUUAGAAAUCAUUGACAGAGUGAUUACAGAACUUAGUGACAGGUUUGAAUCUUUAAAUAAUGUAAACAGUACGUUUGGGUUUUUGAGUGGUGUUAAAAUUGAAGAAAUGCAGACAGCAGAUCUAAAAAUUAAAGCCGAAAAUUUGGCAAAUAUAUACUCAGCUGAUCUCAACAUUGAUGAAUUCAUGUUUGAAAUAGAAAGUUUCAAGCAUCACGCUUUGACAGUUGACAAAAACAUUAUAACCCAAAAGAGUUGCGCUGGAAAACUUGAAGUGACAUAUGGACAGCAAAACAGGGUGUUCGAGAAUCAGUGGAUGUUUACUUUUUCAGAAUGCAUGCACUUGCUUCCAGUGCCGAUGUGGAUGAAAAUGACAUCAAUCAGCCGUUAUUCAGCCGUUGAGCUAGGUUUAAGAGAUGACAUUUAA